UAUGAUGAGUAAGCAUAUAUAUAUAUAUAUAUAUAUAUAUAUAUAUAAUGAUUGAUAUUUUUCAAAUGUUCUCGGAAUUAUUUUCACCCCCUUUGUUGCUGGCCCCCCGAACUCAAACGAAUUUCACAUCCGUGGACGACAGUAUCGCGAUCGCAGCUCGGAAAUCGUGUCAUCCGAUUUGGAAUUGCCAAUCUCGCCGUACAUAAUCUGUUGACGGGUUUGCCGAUGAAACAUGCGACUAAUAUGGCGGUAGCGAUUGCAGUUCAUGUGCAUCUGCAUCAUCAUCAUCAUCAUCAUCUUCGGGAUCGCUCGCCACUUUCCUCUUCUUCCGCCGCCAUCCAGUUGCAGGCUCACGCGGGCCACGGGGGCCGGAGAAGCCUUUGCCCGACCGCGCCGACGUAACGGCGGAUCCCGGUGACUCGGUCCCGGGAUCAGGAGCGCAGCGGCACGCGCGUGACGCAUUUCGGGGGAAUUUGAAGGUCAAUCUGCGCAGGACCUUUAACGUCGUUAUUGCCGGCCCACGCCACAUACACACAAUGUCAUCGGAAAAGGAGCUCAGCACCCCAGAAGUUCAAUUCCAAGAUUCGUCCCUGAUGACUGUGAUUCCAGAAGACUGAAAAGAUCUGGACACAGCUCCAGUGCAAGCAAAGCUGUGAAAGGGAACAGCACCAUCACUUAACAUCACUUAAAACACACUGAAUAACACUCUGCACGAGAACCAGCUACACCUAGUGCAUUUCCAUGUCUAAGUCAGCCCAGAUGCCACUGUCCAACAUAACGGUGUCAAAGCCCUCAAUCUCUCGGGUCCCUAGCAGCAUGGAGGGCAUCAACCAUGAGCUCGAGAAGGUCUUCAUCAAAGACAAUGGAGAGAAGGAGGAGUUAAAGUCCCUAGAGGUUCCUGAUGGCCGCCGGGCACCUUUUCCUCCCCAGCAGCGCAGCAGCAGCUCCAGGGGCACUGACAUCCAAAUUCCCUCAGCUCCCGGGCGGUCCAGCAGUUGCUCCAGCCUGUCACCGUGCCCCUCACCCGCCUGUCCAUCAGGAUCACAUGACAGCAGUCCUUAUUCCACAGAGGAUUUACUCGAUGAUCCUGAUAAAGACAGUGAGAGUAGCUCGCCAUUACCCAAAUUUGCCUCCUCACCCAAACCCAACAACAGCUACAUGUUCAAGCGAGAGCCGCCCGAAGGUUGUGAGAAGAUUAAAGCCUUUGAGGAGAUUAGCUCCAGACAGUCCACAUCAGCAUCAGUUCCUCUUUUCUCCUGUCCCGACAAAAACAAGGUUAACUUCAUUCCAACUGGCUCUGCAUUCUGCCCUGUUAAACUCCCAGGGUCCUUACACCUCAUGUCCGCCGUACAGUCCGAAGAGAAUGAGGACGAGACGGAGCUUCAGGGGGUGACAACAUUCCAUGGGGUCCCUGCUCAAGCCUCUACAAGCAGCGCCACAGAUGAUCCUCCAGAGGAGCCAAGCUUACCCCCAGAGGCUCCAAAUAACCAGACUGACAGUCCAGCCAUCAGCUAGACCUGAGCAGAGCUGGUCUCUAGCUCUAGGUUUUACCUUUGUGAAGUAUGACCAGUGACUCUCCCAAAACACCUUCUGCUCUGCCAAGAGAGCAUCGGUAUCUCUGUGCUGACCCCUCCAACUCAUGUUCUCUUUCUGCAUGUACAAACUGUCUCCAGCACCAAUAACCACUUUCACCACCAAGACUGCCACAUCAAUGUUCUGCCCUGUAUUAUUCCCUUACUUCUGGCAAGGAAAAUAAUAGUCUAUCAUGUGCAAGGAAUUAUAGGGAAGGUUGGAGCACCAUGGAAGGGAGAUGCAUUUUAAGCUGGUAGUAUAUUUGUUCUUAAAUUAUGUAUUGUAUUGUUUCAAACAUUUGCACAAUGAAUAAGCUCUCUAUAUAGAUGCAUGUGUAUGUGAGUGUAAAUAUAUACAACCUCAAUUCCAGUGAAGUUGGGACGUUGUGUUAAACAUAAAUAAAAACAGAACACAAUGAUUUGCAAAUCGUGUUCAACCUAUAUUUAAUUGAAUACACUACGGAGACAAGAUAUUUAUUGUUCAAACUGAUCAACUUUAUUGUUUUCAGCAAAUAAUCAUUAACUUAGAAUGUUAUGGCUGCAACACGUUCCAUAAAAGCUGGGACAGGGUCAUGUUUAACACUGUGUUACAUCACCUUUUCUUUGAACAACAUUCAAUAAACGUUUGUUGAAGCUUUGUAGGUGGAAUUAUUUCCCAUUCUUGCUUGAUGUGCAGCUUCAGCUGUUCAACAGUCCCGGGUCUCAGUUGUCAUAUUUACGCUAUAUUACGCUGAAAUAAGCAGGGGCGUCCAUGAAAAAGGACGUUGCUUGGAUGGCAGCAUAUGUUUCUCCAAAACCUGUAUGUAGCUUUCAGCAUUAAUGGUGCCUUCACAAAUGUGUAAUUUACCCAUUCCAAUGGCACUAAAACAGCCCCAUACCACCACAGAUGCUGGCUUUUGAACUUGGCGUCCAUAACAGUCGGGAUGGUUCUUUUCCUCUUUGACCCGGAGGACACGACGUCCGCAAUUUCCAAAACAAUUUGAAAUGUGGACUCGUCGGACCACAGAACACUUUUCCACUUUGCAUCAGUCCAUCCUAGAUGAGCUCGGGCCCAGAGAAGCCGGCGGCGUUUCUGGGUGUUGUUGAUAAAUGGCUUUAGGUUUGCAUAGUAGAGUUUCAAGUUGCACUUACGGAUGUAGCGCCGAAUUGUAUUUACUGACAUUUGUUUUCUGAAGUGUUCCUGAACCCAUGUGGUGAUAUCCUUUACACAUUCAUGGCACCCACCUGUGCCCAAUUAGCCUGUUCACCUGUGGGAUGUUCCAAACAGGUGUUUGAUGAGCAUUCCUUUCUCAGUCUUUUUUUGCCACCUGCCCCAGCUUUUUUGGAACGUGUUGCAGCCAUCAAAUUCUAAGUUCAUGAUUAUUUGCUAAAAACAAUAAAGUGUAUCAGUUUAAACAUUAAAUAUAUUGUCUUUGUAGUGUAGUGAAUUAAAUAUAGGUUGAACAUGAUUUGUCAAUCAUUGUAUUCUGUUUUUAUUUAUGUUCAACACAACGUCCCAACUUCAUUGGAAUUGAGGUUGUGUGUGUGUAUAUAUAUAUAUAUAUAUAUAUAUAUAUAUAUAUAUAUGACGUGUGUCAGAAAUCUUCCAGGAUUGGUAAAUAUAAUAUAUAUUUGAUAUCCAAACUAAAAGUUUCCCCCCGUUGAAGUAAGUCUUUAAACCCUUCGCUGCCAUUUUACGCAUUCCUGGAAGGAUUCCUCCAUGGUUCCUACGCAGCUCCGUCAUCACAGCUAUCUUGAUGUCGUCCAUGUCUUCAAAACGGGCUCCAUUGACGACCCCCUUGGGCUUAAGAAAGAGAUGGGAGGCGGGGG